UAUCGAAUGUAAAACAUUUGGUAAUUGUACUGUAUAAUCUUAGAUAGAAAACUCGCUAAAUUUCUACCAUUAGUAGCAAGGGAUCUGGAUCAACAAGAGAUCGAGGUCAGUGGGCGAACGGGACGUGCGACACACACAAGCAUUCAACCACUGUCUAUCAUAAAUCAUCUCAACGAUGCUGUUGGAAGUCGUACUGGCUGUGGUGGUCCUGGCAUUAACAGUGGUGAUAUGGACUGUGGUGAAAUCCAAACGCGUGAACAUAGAGGACCUGGAGAUAAACGGCACGAGACGACCUUUGGGGAGAUUUGAGAAAUUUAUGGCGAAAGGUCAUGGGUCCAAUGCAACCAUAGCGCAUGCGUGUAUCGUGUCAUCGAAACAUCCUUUAUCGUCGGGUCAAGUCCAAAAGGCAGCAGAGAUGUUGACCGAUCGUUACCAACUGCUACGCUCGCGUGUUGAUGACUCCGAUCCUGAAAAACCAUGUUUCGUGCCUAUGGAUAAUUUUACAGUUCCCAUGAAAACGGUUGAUUCCACUUCCUGGCAGGAUGUUCUGGAAGAACGUGUGAUGGCAAGAUACAACACGACAACUGGUCCGCUCUGGUCUGUUAGUUUUCUGCCCAAAGUUCAGUACAAAGUAGGACUGGAUUCUGAAGUGGAAGAUGCAGAAUAUCCAUUUCUGUGUGGCGUCGUGUUUGGUUUUCAUCACGUGAUCAUCGAUGGCUGCUCUCGUAUUCGACUGGCUGACCAUUUUCUGACGUAUCUAGAUGACGUCAUCAAAGGAGUAGAUACACAUGUGGAACCAAUGAAAAUGCUACCCGCCAUGGAAUAUUAUACAGCUGAUGAAAUAACCCCUAGUUUUUUCUUUCAGGUAAUUGACUUUGCUAUGAAGUGUCUCAUUACUGUACCAGGGGUCCAUAGUGUCUUCCUAGUGCUCUUUGGACAGAGAAAUGUUUACACAGAGAAAUGUGGCUUGGAAGAGGACAAAAAUCCUAAUGUUGGUAAGAAAACCUGCAUAAUCCCCAUGGAGUUUUCACGGGAAGACACAAGCAGGCUUUUGACGAAAUGUAGAGAAAACAACGCUACCGUUUAUGGAGCUGUCCAAACGUCCGUGUCGCUGGCAUUUGCAAAGCUCUUGCAAGGAGGGGAGAUAACCAAAGAGAUGGAAUUACCAGUUGGCUGCACCAUCAACUUAAGACCUUUCAUUAAAGAUACUCCAGUUCCCGCAGACUGCCUUGGUUCAUAUUUUGCGCCCAUGCGCAUUAAGCAAACCAUCAAACCCUUACAGAUUCAGAAGUCGCAUGAUGACUUUUGGAAAAUGGCGUCACAGGUAACCGAGUUGAUAAAGAAUGCGCAGAAACAAGGACCUGCUCAAAACUUUAAAAAGUACACUAGUCUCAUGGCCCACUUGAACCUGUUUAAAGACCGUAGAUGCCCGGUGAUCUCAGCACUUACCAACCUCGGCAAUUGCAAAUUCCUGGAACGAACUCUUCAAAGUGAGGUGAAAUUUCGGGCCAUGCAUUCAUGUACUCCAGAGCACGACUCUGGCCCUAUAUUCUCAACUAGGGUCAUCACGUUUAAUGGACAGCUGUUCUGGACCAUCUGCUAUUACACCAAUGUAACAAGCAGAGAGCGAGCGAUAGAAUUCGCAGACUUAGUCAAAGAAACUUUGAAAGAAGCCCUAACGUGAAACUAUAGAACAUUAACAAUUUAAAAGCCAUUGGACUUUUAGGAAUCUUACCACUAUUGCUUUUACAUAGCCGAGGAUAAAAACAAUAGCCUGUAUAAUUAAUUAUGUGGCAAUAAAAACCGAGAAACAA